AUGGCUGAUCAGCCAGUACAACGAGACCAUGGCACGUCUGAAAGCCGAAGGAAGGGCACAUCCAGUGGAGGGGGAGGCAAGCGUGCUUCCAUGGAGGCGGCAAUGGGAACGACAACAAUAAAUAGUAAUGCAGUAGGUUCUGGUGGUGGUGGUGGUGCAGCUCCAUGUGGGGCGUGCAAGUUUUUGAGGAGGAAGUGCAUAAGCGGGUGCAUAUUCGCACCCCUUUUCAGUUCAGACCAAGGAGCUGCACGCUUUGCGGCGGUGCACAAGGUGUUUGGGGCGAGUAAUGUCUCGAAGCUUUUGUUGCACAUUCCCUUGAACCGCCGGCAUGACGCUGUCGUUACCAUUUCCUACGAGGCUCAAGCUAGGCUCUCCGACCCCGUUUAUGGUUGCGUCUCCACCAUACUUGCUUUGCAACAACAGGUUGCAUCUUUGCAAGCCGAGCUAGCAAUGGUGCAAACUCAGCUGAUAAACAGCAGGUUUGCAUUUGCAAGCGCUCUCCAAAUCACCUCGCAGCAGCAACAGCACGAGCAGCAGCAGCAGAACAUGGCACUAAUGUUGCAGCCUGCUUACUCCAACAACUCCUCAGCCACCACUAACCUCAUCAACAUGAACAGCUUCACCUCAAAUUUCGACAUUGAGGCGGCCCCGUCUUCAGAGAGUCGAGUUCCACUCUUGUUCGCCAAUGAUCGAUAUUGA